AUGUCCGACGAGGUGGCAGCACUGUUGACCCGACGUGGAUGGCUCGAUCUUGAUGAGCCACAGUUGAUGGAGCGGCAGUUUCGGGCCAAGUAUUUGUUGGUUACAGAUGACAGCGAUCGCAUCUAUUGGAUGGCGACAGGGAACUCAUUACUCUUUUUGCCCAGCAGUGGCAUGUUGAGAGGUUGUGGGCUUCGGGCGCUACAGCCUUGGCAGCACUUCAUCCCUUUGAAGCCAGACUUGUCGGAUGCCCUCGAGCGAGUUGCCUGGGCCAAAGCACACGACGAGGAGGCGCGUGUCAUUGCUGCUCAUGGCGCUGCACUGGCACGAGAGGCUUUCAGCCAUGAGGCGCAACUCUUUUGCUUGCUGCGAGUGAUACAAGAAGUAUCUGCAUGGCUGAAGGACUGA